AUUCCCCAAAUCACAGUGCUGGAAACGUGCUGAGAAGAAGAGCUGCAGCGUUCAGGCAGCAGACUGUCAGGUUAACGGGAGCUCACUGCCUGCUGGGUGGCGGGCAGGUGCACACCUGAGCCUCUGUUAGUCAUACACGACGCUGUAAAGCAGGGGUGGGGAACUCCAGGCCUCGAGGGCCGGUCUCCUGCAGGUGUUCGAUGUGUCAGCUGGUUUGAACGGCUAAAUGACCUCAACAUGUCUUAAAGUUCUCCAGAGGCCUGAUAACGAACUAACCAUGUGAUUCAGGUGUGUUGACCCAGGGUGAGAUCUAAACCCUGCAGGGCAGCCGCCCCGGCAACUGUUGGUGUGAUUUGGUGUUGUAUAAAUAAAAGCAUUGAAACUGAAUUGAGGACAAAAGCCUGGAGUUCAUCUCAGGAGGUGGGCCGGCUGUCGUCUCCUUUACAGAUUUACAAAAUCCAAAUCUUUAAUCCAAAGCAGGGACCGAACAGGUGGAGGCGGUCGGCAUAGUGAAGAAACCGGGUCACAUGAUCACACAUAAGGAGUACCAACAUGCAGCUGCCUCGAAACCUGAUGAGGGGAAGUGUGUAUGCUGAGCAGGUAACUGAAGAAAAGUGAAACUAAAGAGGGCGGGGACAGGAAGUGACACUGACCCAGGACCACAAAACCAAACAGGAAGUGGAUUCAAAGAGAAACUGAGCUGGAUGAACUCUGCUGUUCUCCAUGCAGCCCUUUGAAUCUGCCUCCCUGAGUUCAUCUGAGUUCAGCAUGCAGGCUUGAAGCUGUGUGUGUGUGUGUGUGUGUGUGUGUGUGUGUGUGUGAGCAGUCUGCUGGUGAUCCCGGUGGCAUCUUGUGUUGCUCUUGAUCCUUUUAUCUCUUCGGUCGGCCUCCUCGGGCUGUCAGCUGCUUACAGCACAAGAGGAUUACUCAGAGUUUUCCUGCAGGCGUCUGCAGGCGGAGUGGGGAAUGGGUCGGUUUGGACAGGUACAGGAGGGGUUGGGGUUGCUCCUGGUCUUCUGGCUGACGGCGGGGCCGGCUCAGGGUCGGCACCCUCUGCCCGUGCUGUGGCUGAUGCCGGUCGGCUCCGGGUCGGGCGGGGAGAACCUGACGGCGGGCGUGGCUCCGGCUGUAAGACUGGCUCUGCAGGACCUGAAGAAACAACCACCACCGCUGGGGAACUACGAGAUCCAGCUCCAGCUGCUGGACUCACAGUGCGACCCCGCUAAAGCGCUCAAAGCCCUGUUUGACGCCGUGUGGGCGGGGCCCCAGUACCUGCUGCUGUUUGGAGGGGUGUGUCCACCUGUGACAGCGCUCAUCGCUCGCGCUCUUCCGGCGCUCGGCCUGGUGCAGGUGUCUUUUGCGGCCUCGGCUCCCGGCUUGUCCAACAGGAAGUUGUACAGAAACCUGUUCAGCAUGGUGCCGUCAGACCGAGUGCUCAACCAGGCCGCCGUGAAGCUGCUGCAGCGCUACAAGUGGACCAGAGUCGGCGUGGUCACGCAGGAAGGACCCAGACUCUCCGAGAUGAAGAAGGAUCUGAUCAGACAGCUGCUGAAAGCCGGCGUUCACGUCGCCGUCACAGAAAGCCUCUCUGGAGACGUCUGCGGCCGCCUGAAGAAACUGAAGGAUGAGGACGUUCGCAUCAUCAUCGCACAGCUGGAAGAUGAGGCUGUGUCUGAGGUGUUCUGCUGUGCGUACAGACUGAACCUGUUUGGAGCUUGGUACCAGUGGAUCAUCGCUGGCGGAGGAGCAGCUGGGUGGAGGCUGGGGUGGAAGUUUUCUGGCUGUACGGCCAACAGCCUCCUGGUGGCGGCAGACGGGUCCGUCCGGCUGCAGGUCCGAGAGCUCGGCAACGCCAACACGCCGGGAGUCUCUGGACGGACUCCUCAGGACUACCAGGACUCCUACCUCAGGCAGCUGAUACAGGAGAGGUCAGAGGUCAGCUCGCUGUACUCCUUCGCCUAUGAUGCCGUUUGGGUCGUUGCCAGAGCUCUGAGCCAGGCGACGGAGGGUCCAGUUUUCUUUUGGAACGGGGAGAGAAUGACGUCGAUCGAGCUGGUCCAGUUUCAAGGUCCAGGACCAGCUAAAGACCAGCCUGCUGUCCUUCUGCAGCACCGUCACAUCAGCCUCCUCCUGUACAUCGUCAUAUCAUCAGCUGCUGGUGUGACCGUCAUCAUCGCUCUGAUCCUCCUCUUCUUCGUCAUCAUCAACCACAAACACCGGUAUGGCGUCUGUAAUUUCAUCGACACAUUACAGCAAACACCGUCUGUGAGAAACUGA